GACUUUAUACAUAAACUAUUGAUCUGUAUAUCAUAACCUUGUCAAUAACAUAUUCCUCGUCUUCGUCCAUUGUCCCACGUUACCAUCCGAUAAUCAACAUCUCUCUCCCUCACAAUCCCUUUCCUCUCCAAAUCCAAGCCCCCUCCUUUCUCUUUCUCAAAACUUCCAACCCAUCAGCUUGGAAGCAAGCGCGCUUGAGGCUGGGUAUAGUCCACGUAUGUCGACGGCGGCGAGGCUCAUAACUUUGUCCCACGGUUUGACCGGCAAGGACGCCGGUCGGAGAAGCCGUUUUGCGACGUCGAGACAGAUGGACCAUUGCCGGUUCGCAGAUAGCCGGGGCAUGACGUCUCUCGGUGCCCGACAAAGCGCUCGAACAAGAUUUAGAACGGAUGUGUUUAAUCUAAGGGACGUGGCUGUUCGGAGCAGUGUCGAUCCAGUGCCUCAUCUUCCAUCUGAUCCUUCUCCGAGUUCUUGCUCUUCGCAUGGCAGGAAAUUCUGGGUUCUGGGGGUGUUCGUAUCGUUCAUUCUGCCAUUUUGGAGGAACAAAUGGGGUCCACUGUGGAAGCUGAAAAACGAGGUUGAAGCGGUGGUCGAGAAGGCGGACCACGUGACGGAAUUCGUGGAGGAGAUGGCGGAGAAGGUGGAGCACGUGGCGGAGGAGGUCGCCGAGCAUCUCCCGGACGGCAAGCUGAAAGACGCGGUGACCCUGGUGGAGCAUCUGGCCGAGACGGCGGACAAGGAUGCUCAUCUCGCCGGAGACAUCAUCGACAAGGUGGAGGAAGUGGAGAAGGAUGUAGACUCGUUCAUGGAGCCAAGCAAUGUUGACGACAGAGACGCCGAAAUCUCCAAAGCAACGGAUGAACAAGAUCAGAAGAGCUAAGCUGGGUUUUUAUUAUGUUGUGUUAAAGUAAAUUUUGGUUUGUACCCGAUAAAUUAUUUUUUUAAAUAACUUGGUAUCCCAAUUUAGAUAGGCAAAAUGGCAAAUCAUAUAUUCAAUUUCAAAAAUAAAACAUGUAUCGAUUCAAUCAGAA